AUGAUCGGUUACAGUGACAGCGGCAAGGACGCCGGGCGCAUGGCCGCAGCCUGGGCGCUGUUCGAGACUCAGGAGAAGAUCGUGCAGAUCGCCGUGGACUCUGGCGUGCGCAUGGUGCUGUUCCACGGCCGCGGCGGCACCGUCGGCCGCGGCGGCGGGCCCACCCACAUGGCCAUCCGCAGGCGAGCGACGGCGGCAGCCUGGCCGCCGCCCUGCCCGCCGGGCACCAUCAACGGGCGGCUGCGCGUGACCAUCCAGGGGGAGACCAUCGAGCAGCAGUUUGGAGAGAAGGAGGUGGCGUUCCGCACCCUGGACCUGUACACCAGCGCGGUGCUGGAGGCCGGCCUGGACCCCCCCAGCGCCCCCAAGCGGGAGUGGCGCGAGAUGAUGGACUCACUCGGACGCGUCAGCUGCGAGCUGUACCGCUCCUACGUGUUCCAGCGCCCGGAGUUCGUGGAGUACUUCAACCUCGCCACGCCCGCACAGGAGCUGGGCCGCCUGAACAUCGGCAGCCGCCCCGCGAGCCGCAAGGUCACCAAGGGGGUGGAGGGGCUGCGCGCCAUCCCAUGGGUCUUCGCCUGGACGCAGACGCGCCUCAACCUGCCGGUGUGGCUGGGCAUCGGGGACGCGCUGUCAGCGGCGAUCGAUGAGGGGAAGCUGGACACGCUGCAGGACAUGUACGACAACUGGCCCUUCUUCAAGGUCCGGAUGCUUGGGAGUGUCACUGUGUGA